UCUCUCUCUCUCACCUCCGACGUCGGCCGUUUCUUUUAAAUUUCUUUACAAAUAAACAAAAGAGAUAAAAAAAAAAGUGAUUCAAAACGAUUCCUCAGAAACAAGAUCGAGAAGGAAUCUGAAUCGUUUUUCUUCUGAAGAGAUGAGAAUCGGCGGCGCGGAGAUUAUGAAAUACGCGUCGGAGAUGAUGACGACGUCUUCGUCGGCGGUGGAAGCGUUGAAUCUCAAGGAAGCUUCGAGUUGGUGGUCGCACGUGAACGAGUCGCCGGUUUGGCAGGAUCGUAUCUUCCACGCUCUCGCUGUUCUCUACGGCCUCGUUUCCAUCGUCGCUGUGAUUCAACUCGUGAGGAUCCAAUUGAGAGUUCCAGAGUACGGGUGGACGACGCAGAAGGUCUUUCACUUCCUCAAUUUCGUGGUGAAUGGAGUCAGGGCUGUGGUUUUCGUAUUCAGACGAGAUGUGCAGUUCAUGCAUCCAGAGAUUCUGCAACAUAUAUUGCUUGAUAUCCCGAGUCUUGCUUUCUUCACCACCUAUGCUCUUCUUGUUCUCUUCUGGGCGGAGAUAUACUAUCAGGCGCGUGCUGUGUCCACUGAUGGACUGAGACCAGGCUUCUUCACAAUCAAUGCUGUUGUUUAUGUUGUUCAGAUUGCUCUUUGGUUGGUUUUGUGGUGGAAGCCUGUUCGUGUUAUGGUAAUCCUAUCAAAGAUGUUCUUUGCAGGUGCUUCGUUGUUCGCUGCCCUUGGAUUUUUACUUUACGGUGGAAGGCUUUUCCUGAUGUUGCAACGUUUUCCGGUAGAAUCGAAAGGACGGCGCAAGAAGCUGCAAGAGGUUGGUUACGUGACAACCAUAUGCUUUACGUGUUUCCUCAUCAGAUGUAUCAUGAUGUGUUUUGCUGCUUUCGACGAGGGGGCAAACCUUGAUGUGCUGGAUCAUCCCAUCCUUAACUUCAUCUAUUACCUGUUGGUAGAGAUAUUACCUUCCUCUUUAGUCCUCUUCAUAUUGAGAAAGCUACCACCAAAGCGAGGCAUCACACAGUACCAUCAGAUUCGCUGAAAUGUAAAGACACGACAAACUACUGAUCAGACGAAGACAAGACCAUAUAUGUUUCUUUAUCGGAUGUGAUCAGUCUUUUUGGUUGAUGUGGCCCAAGGGCUUGUUCCCUUUAUAUAGGUAAUGUUGUAAAGAAAUGUUAAAAAGUCGCUAUGAAAGUAAUUAUUAAUAUAAAUUUCAAAUUCGUUGUUUUA